AUAUAUUUUAUUGAUUGGAUAUUUAGGAAACUGUGAAUAUGAUUCAUAAAUAUUUUUUCCUCUGCCUAUGGAUUUGGUUCUCACAUGUUGUUAUUGGUGAUACAGAUGAAGUGAAGUCAGUGUCAGUGACUGAAGGAGAUUCUGUCUCUCUUAACUCUGGUGUCUCUGAAGUACAGAGAGAUGAUCUGAUACUGUGGAUGUUUAACAUUAACAAUUCAGACACUCGUAUUGCUGAAAUCUACAGACAGAACAUUAAUAUAAAAGAUAAUACUCUGAUAUUUGGAGACAGACUCCAGUUGGACAGUCAAACUGGAUCUCUGACCAUCAGAAACAUCAGAUCUGAACACUCUGGACUUUAUAAACUAACAAUCAUCAAAGCUGCUGGAGUCACAUACAAGAGUUUUUCUGUUGCUGUCUAUGCUCCUCUUCCCUCUCCUGUCAUCACCAGAGACACUUCAAACUGUUCUUCAUCAUCUUCAUCAUCAUCUUCAUCAUCAUCUAAACGUUCAUCAGUGUCUAAUUGUUCACUGUUGUGUUCAGUUGUGAAUGUGAGUGCUGUGACUCUCUCCUGGUACAAAGGAAACAGUUUAUUGUCCAGCAUCAGUGUGUCUGAUCUCAGCAUCAGUCUCUCUCUACCUCUGGAGGUGGAAUAUCAGGAGAACAACAUCUACAGCUGUGUGAUCAACAAUCCCAUCACAAACCAGACCACACAUCUGGACAUCAGUCAAUUCUGUCACACAUGUCCAGAACUCACUCCGCACUCACAGUCAGUGGUAAUAUCAGUUAUAGUGAUAGUACUGCUUUUGGUUGUAGUUGGAGGGGUGAUAUACUUGUACAACAAGAAAUGCAAACAAGCAUGUUCAGAAGUCCAGACUUGUGAGGAAGAGGUACUUUAUGCCGAAACAAGAUUCUGUGCGCGUAGUGCUCACAGUACGAAACCUGAUGAAGAACACCACAUCAUAUACUCGAGUGUUAAUGUAAAAUGAAAGGAUCAGUGUAUUUGCAUUUCGGUGACUAAUG